AUGGAUUUUACGCCAAAAUUUUUCUUUGCCGCUUUCCUCAAGAACCCAGACAUGGCGGCUGCUGUCGAACGCCGAUAUUGGUCUACGCCAGUUGGAAUUCCCUCCACUAUCCGACUUGUCAAAACCAUUCGUAACAACAUUCAGGAGAAUCGUGAGGGAACAACUGCAUGGCAUGACUUCAUUCUCAAUGAGGCCUCUAUCAUUGUUCAAAACGAGAACCCUCCGACCGGUUAUUUUCCCAAGGGUGGAUAUUACAGCUCCGAGAAGAUCAGGGCCAACUUUUUUGAUUCCAAUGCAAAGGGCCUGCGCGAUCAAGAGCUUGUGGAGCAGCACAUGCCCUUUUUGUUCAAACUUGUCACAAACAAAAUGUGCCUCGAUUUGACUCCUCCCCCAAUGGACCCAUCUGACAGACUUGAUGACGAAGAUGUCCCGCUUGAGAAUUCUGACGCUGACAAACACGAGCCUGAUCUCUUUGGUGAUGGACCUAAUGCUCUUCCAGAUCGUCAGCAGCGAGUGAUCACUGUAAGCUCUCUUUUCACAUUCUCAUUGAAUUAUUGA